CCACAUGAACUAUCAUCGAUGAACAAAGAGUUCGACACAUUAGAGGAUCAUCUCCUGCCUGUCAUCCAAGAAGAUGUAUGCUCUAGGAGGCCAGACAUACAGUCUAUUUCAAAUAUUAGAACUGGUCCCAAAGACAUGAUCGAUCGUAGUCUAGUUUUCAAGAGGAAAAACAUCAAUGAUGCAAGACCAAAGAUAAGUAAAACACAGCAACUUUGUAAAAGAAGAGAGUGCAAUUCACAAGAACUCAAGCUUCCGAAAGUAUGGCCGAGGACAAGAGCUUCAACUUGGCAAAGCAAAAUAUCAUCAGAAGACAUGUAUUCUGUGGACAUAGAAGGCAAGAAGAAAACUGGACCUGGACGAGAUUUGAUGGUGUCGAAUUCUACUACUCACUCUUCAAUCACCUCUUAUCCUUUGUAUGAGACAUCUGCUUAUGCUAGGAAACAAGGAGAAACCGGAAAGACUAAAUUCUCUACGAAGACUCCCAUAAGAUCAUCUACAAAGAGUACUAAGUUUGAAAAUCUUAGUUCCUCAAUGGAAAUUCAUCAUUCCUCUCAUAAAACACCUCCUAGUACUACAAAUGCCCUGUCCUUGGAAUCAUCAUUGUCCAUGUCUAGCAUCAAUCGAGCUCACAAAGAUUCAAAUCAUCUUCUUAAUAUGACAUUUGGACCAUCUCAGAACUUUACAGGACCUGUUGCUUCAUUGCCAAGAGAGAAUCCCCAACCAUCCGGUCUUUGUAUGCCAUCACCAAAAUUUGGCUUCUUCGAUGAGGAUAUGUCAGUGGAGAGAACUUUCGAUGGAAAUUCUAAUCCACCACAGAAGCAGGGAAUUUCAGCAAGUAUAGAUAAAGGCAAAACUGCUGAAGCAUCAAUUAAAGUUAAACGAGCUAGAAGUCCGCUAUGCAUUGACAGUGUAAACCAAGAUUCGAUGACAACAAUACGACUUCUAAGUCCAAUCAAGUCCCGAGAUGCUAAAUCGAUGUCUAAGGCAAAAUAUGCUGCCUAUAUAGCAUCCGUUGCUCGAAAAGGUGGCUUUGAUGUACAGUCUAAGUAUCAGACUGAUAAAUCUGAAUCUAUUGAGAUUGCCAGAAAAGUUUGUUCAAUGUUGAGGAAAGUUGUUGCUGCAGAACAUGACAGAAAAAGAGUUGGACUAGUAAAUGGGAUAGUGAAGACUAAGGUAGAAAGAGAGAAGAUGGUUCCGAAAGACGAAAAGGUGAUCAACGUUACAACAACAACUACUCCUCAAUCCCAAACAAGUCAGCGUCCAUUAUAUGAAUCUUCACUGUCUAUGUCGCUCAAUUUAACCCCGUCUCAGGACAAGGGGAUUACUAGCACUUCAAAAUCAAGAAAUCAAGAAAAUGAAGUCAAUGAUUUGAGUAGAUACUUGGAGCUCAUUGAUUUGAAUGAUGGAACAGAAACACAGCUUAAAAAGAGAAAGAGUUUUCCUCAUAUGAGAACUCCAUUGGUUGAGAAAAAAUCUGUUUGCAACAGAAGUGUAGCUCUCUUGAGAUCAGAUAUGGUUAAGGACAAGGAGUCAUCUAAUUUGCUUUCUUCUAAGGGAACAGACAAAGAGAACAACUAAGCACUACACAAAUCUAUGUUGCUCGGACUGUCCAAAAAUAUUAUAGGAUCCUUGUCGGAUCCUCCAAAAAUGCAUUACUUUUAGAGGAUCUGAUACGUAUCCAACGACAUUUUUGAAGAAUCUGAACAACAUAAAUGCAAAUUAUUGAUGGAUACUUAGGUUGUCUGGCAAAUUGUUAGUCCUUUAUGUUAUUGAUAGACAUCAUUUUGUUUUAAUGCAUAAUAUCCUUAAACUCUUUGCAUAUGUUUGAAAGCAGACACUUUGCUUUUGUCACUAGCAUGAGUUGGCCAUUGAUCAACCCAAUGGGGCAAUUGGCAUUCAUUUCUAUUGUUAUCAUAAGUGUCAAAAGCCACAUACUAAGUAUUUUUACAAAAUUG